AUUGUAUCUUUAGCUGACACUUUUGUAAAAUUACUGGAGAAUGAAGGUGUGUCAACGCUCUGUAUCGAUGUACCAGGUAAAUCGGUUUUGCCGAUGAAUGAGACCCUCUCAAUCGUGUUACUACACUGCCCAGACAUUAAGCUAUUAAUGAAUAAAGAAGAGAUGAGUCCAAGCCUUUUGGACUUUCUGACAAUUCGAGUUCCACAGCAUCUCCACGCACAAGACCGCCUUUCACCCAGUCGUCAAAUUCUACAUCAGAAAGCUAGCAUUGGCAACCUUCUAGCCUUACUAUCAUCUAUCAGUGAGAGCAGCAUUGGACUUGCGGAAGUGAAUGUUAAAGCAUUAUCUUCUCAACUAACUGCCUUGGUCGACAAGAAAGACAAAAAUAAGGAGCAGCUAGCUUUGCUUUCUGCUUAUUUGAGUGUUUUUUCUAUGCUAGAGGGUAAACAAAGAAAAACUUUUAUCAGAUGCCUGCGUUUUGGUGCCAGUGGAACGCACAUACUCAUUGUUCUUCUCAUUCGCCUUCAAACUCAACUGUGCAACGGGGAAUGCCCACUAGCCUAUGGUUGUUUGGAGGCCAAGCAGCCAAUGGGGGAUUGGUCCCCUCCCUAUCGAUUGGUCAGCUGUGCGGUGAAUGCUGUUCAAUCAUGUGUAGUGAAUUGUAGUAAAAACAGACGCCAAUUCAUCCAGCAUGGAGGGAUCCCAAUGUUAUUAAGCAUUUUAGAGUGGGUUCCCUCAGCAUUAGUUCAGCCAAUUCUUCGAUGCAUUUGCAGUAUUUGUGAGCAGGAAAACGUGGUAAAGAUGGAGCUAAUCACAUGGCGUGGUGUCAGACAGCAACUUGAUAUGCCUAUUGAUGAAUCACUUUUUGAUAACCACGAAGUGAAGGUAUCAACGAUGGCGGAGGAGUUGGUGCUGAGCAUGAAUAAUUAUCGGAUUGGAUGUCAAAAAAAUAUGCUACAUAUUGAAGAGUGGAGUCCUCUCACGGGGUUUGAUGACCUCAAUCUUCUCGUCUACCUCCUUUUGCGCUUUUUGGACUUUGGUAAAGACUUCGAUCUUGACGUUGGUGACCAAAUCACUAUGGUUGACAUUGAAAACUUCCCCAAUGCCAAGGAAGAUGAGGUAAUUCGACAGGUUCGGGGGGAGCUUAGAAGAUGCGGCAUCAAUCCAAUCAUUGAAGAUCAUGAGAAGUUGGAAAAAGCUGUCCAGAUGUCGAAGGCAAGAGUAGACCAAGUAACGCGAAACAAACUAGCUAUAAUUAAGAAGGCAACCGAGAAUGAUGCUUGCAGAGAAGCCGAAGCUUAUGCAAUGGCAAAGAACCCGCCUUCAGAUUUCUUACUUGAAUACCGUAGUGGCUCUGCCUUUGUCUCAUCACUAAAAGAAAUUCAUGCUCACAUGAAAUCUCUUGAAGAAUCGCUUACUUCUACCCUUCGCGAUUAUCACGAGAAUUUUCGUCCUGUUGCUGUUCAAAUCACUCAAAACGCUGUGGAGUUGCGUCGCCUUCAGAGCUCCAUUGAUCAUCUGAAUGUUAAACCACAAAUGGAGGGAGUGGAGAUCUCAGCAGAAGGUCUCCCGAUUCGCGGGACUCCUUCCAUGGUACAUUCACAAGCUGUAGAAGAACUAGAGGCUCUCCUUAAGCUAAAUAAUAGCUGUCAGCAUCUUCUCCGUCUCCAUAAUGGAUUGGAAGACCUUGGUGAACGAGUUAUUGAUCUCCUGCGUCGUUGCAGCCUUCGUAAUCGUGGAAAGCGUUUGAGUGCCACAAUGGAGGCCAAUAUUGAUGCUGACAGUGAUGAUGAAGAGGAUGACGACGAUCUGGACUUGGAAGAGGAUUACUUCGAUGAAUGGAAAUGUGAUUCGUCUGGGAGUUGUGGAAAUAUCGACGCCGAGGUUUCAGCAAUCGUGGCAUCGAUUAAAGAAGUAGAAAGUCAACUAGCAGUGGAUACAUUCUAUGCGAAGUCGGAAGUUGUGCUCUUUCAAUCCUUCCUACGAACUUGGUUGGAUCGAAAGCGACUGCUGCGGGAAUUUGUUGAUCAUUAUUGGUCGAACAUGGUACAGUUGAACUUCAAUCCGAAGGAUAAAUCGAUCAUUGGAAAGUUGGAAAUCCUCGGCACCACUGCUGAAUUGCAAAGUAUCAUUAGUUUGAUGAGCGCACUUCAUGAGGCUGAGAAGCGAAUUCGAGAUACUGGUGAUGGCAUUUGGAAGUUGCUCUUCGUUCCUUGGAUGAAGUUUGUCACCUCUGAAAGAAAUUCGACCUCUAAACACCUUAGAUUUAGAAUUAACGAAAGUACUGGCAAAGAUCCACAAGUCUUCUGGCACCUGGAGCUUAUUGAAGUGGACGGGAAAGAAGUGGAUGGGAUGACUUUUAUUUUUGACACCUGCCGUCAACUGAAGUCUACAAUGCGUGAUUUAUCAACUAAAUUUUUUGGCCUAUCAAUUGAUGGUAGUCAUCGUCUCAUUGAUGUAUGCGUGGCCGAAUCGAAGAUCUUUGAUAUGGAAAUGGCUAAAGGCCUUUUAGAGGGUUGCUUUCUCCCAAAUUUUCCCGAUGCACUUGCCUCUACCAAUGAUGAUACUGUGCAAUAUAACGAAGAUGACUUUUCCAAGGUGAUGAAUGGCUACCUUUCUGCUGGAAAGUUUGUCAGUAGCGAUUUAAUUUUGGCCACAAACGGAACAAUUUCUCCCCUCGUUACAGCUGCUCAGGAAUUGGGCUAUUUUCAGCAGGAUUCAGUGGAAUGUCUUUCAGAGUUCCUGAAAAAUCUUCCUCAUUUGACCGUUCAACGCCAGGACGAGGUUUAUGUUCAGACACUAAUGCGGAUUUUAAAAGAUGAUGCCAAUUUUGCACUUCUUAAGAAGGUUGGUGGGAGCACGACCAAACAGGUCGGGUCUGACGAUGGGAAGGAGAACAGCACUAGCGGAAUGACGGAAAGUCAACUAGAAGAGGUUGAACUGUCGAAACUCUUUCGCAAUGUUCAUCUUGAAUUCCCCGUCUGCCUCUUUUCCUACCAACAGGUCUCCAAAGCGGUAGUUCUUUUGCUCAGACAAGUGGAUCAGAUAAUUAAAGAUGCUGGUAUCUGUGACAAGGACCACAUUUUGAUCGUUUUGCGCCGAAUUCCGCAUCUCAUUCACCUUUACUCGCAUUGUGUGCCAACUUUACACGCGGAACGCAUGAAAAAUGACCUCAAGUUCGUGGCUAUAUACCACAACGAUUGCAUGUACCUCGCCCACCAAUGCUUGACCUUGGGUCGCCGCAAAAUCUAUCCCCUUGUCGAAUCAAGUGGCAGCGAAGAGAGUGACCUUCGCACUCUCGCAUCUAUCUCCACCCUUCAACUUGUUAGUCCUCUCCGAAGUUCGGCUACCUCUGCACUAUUGAACCGCCUCCGUGAAUCGAAGGUUCAGCUAGACGACCUAUUCAAAAGUUGCCGUGGCCUAAAGAAUUGCGCCAGUGAAGGCAGUGAGGCAUGCGAGAAGGCCGUUUUGGGUUGCAUCUCUCUCCUUCUUUCCAACUUUAAUGCGCUCAAUCUCCUCCCACUUACCGUCUGUUUACGUAUCAUGGGCGUCCUUUCCGAUGAGUUCGUGCGACUUCUCUGCAAUGCCGUGGUAGAACUGGAGGACAUAACCACGGUGGAGUGUUCCACGCUGCUGCGUUUGAUAGACUCAACUUUGAAAUCGGUAAAUUACUCCCCUACUUACAAAUUUAUAGCUGGCGUUAUACAGGGUCACAUAACUCAAAUGUUUGAAAGACACCUGGACGUCUUGUAUGUUCCAUCCAUAAGCGGUUCAUUUCCUGAAAAUUGUGAAAAGAAUGUGACCGUACUUUUGGAGCGACGUAUCCCUUCUUGGCAACGUCUUGUCAGUAUUCGUACCAUUUUGGCUGCUGCGUCAUUAGAAGAAAUCCGUUUCCUUGCCAUUCCACGUACCACCACUGCAACUUCGCUCCGUCUCUCCACUGAUGAGAUAUGCCGGCUGGUGCGUGCCCUCUUCCGUCCUUCUACUGUGCGUUCAACCCUCCUCCACGACUUGGCCGAUGGUGGUAAUGGAGGAGAUGGUUAUCGGUGA